AUGGCGGUUUCACGGACGGGACUUACGGGUACGCGGUCCUUUUUUCCCAACCAUCCUGAUAAUUUUUUCAACGGUGCUAAGUUUGGGAAAGUAGCUCGGUUCUUGCUCUCGGACUUCAACACCGUGGAGGCCCUGAAGCUGGCCAACACGGACAGCGACCUCAAGGGCUUCUAUGGCGGUUUCACGGACGGGACCUACGGGUACGUGGUCCUUUAUCACAACGGCGCUGCUUAUUCUGGGAAAGUAGCUCGGUUCUUGCUCUCGGACUUCAACACCGUGGAGGUCCUGCAUCUGGCCAGCGCGGACAGCGACCUCGAGGGCUUCUUUGGCGGCUUCACGGACGGGACCUACGGGUACGCGGUCCCUCAUAACAACGGUGCUGCUCUUUCUGGGAGAGUAGCUCGUUUUCAACUCGCUCCUCUUCUGGCGUCGCUGGCACCGACGCCAUCUGCGGCCUCAGCUGUUGGUGGCCCGCACCUAGUCAACACGUACGGUGAGCGCUUCGAAAAUUACCAGCCAGGUGACCACGUGCUCCUCCAGGUGCCGUGUGUUUGUUUAUCAUUGAUGGCUUAG